AUGAAAUCGAGAAAAUUUAAUUUAUGUAUCAAAUGGUGGAUGUUAUUGAAAACAAAUAACUUUGGAAAUAAUAAAAUGCGUUGGUAUUGUUGGCUUAUAUUUUUUUUUGUCGCAAAUCUUUCAAUAUGGGCUUUACCUACGGAUGGUGAUGUUGAUAGAAAAAGUUUACUAGCUGUUGAUAAUGAAAAUCGACUUUUAGUUGCAGAAGAUGAAGGCAAAGUUGAUGAGAAUAUAAUUGGUGAAGAUGAAAGUUUGAUUAUGACUGAUGAAUAUUCUCGACUACGAAAACCACACAAACAAGAAAAAGAUAAAGAUAAUGAUUCAUCAGAAAGCAACGAUGAUGAAGGCAACAAUGAGGAUGAUAAAAAAAAUAACAAGAAACCAAAAAUGACAAAAUUUAUUUGCUUCACAGAAAAAUCUAAUCGACAUAAAUUACGACGACGUCCUCAACAAUCAGAAACACAUCGACAACAUCCAUCAUCGUCAUCAUCAUCAGCUAACAAUUCAUCACAACAUGAUUCUAACACACAUUGA